CAAAUAAUCAUGUUCCAUUGCCUUGUGGUCUUUUUGCUGUACUCCGUAUUACUUAUCCAUCCGGCCAUAGAGCAGAACGUGCAGCCCGAGGUCCGGCUGCAGCUGGAGCCCAACCGUGCCAUCAUCUCGAAAGAUGCCCAUAUUCAUUAUCUCGAUGGCAGUGGAAGGCCUAAAGAGGUUGAUUCCUUUGCCGAUCACCAGGGAAGAGUCUUCUAUGGCGAUGCCUGGGUAUCUUCCACGAACAGCUCGUGGCAUCCAGCUGGCCGAGCCCGUGUGUAUCUGAUCCGUGAUGGAGACAAUCCGUUGUUUGAGGGGACUGUAAAUCUGUUUAGUCGGUACUAUGAGCUCAAAGCCGUCACCGCCGUCGAUGGCUCGAACAAUACCUCCAUCACGCACGUGGAGAUCACCGCGCCCGAUGGAGUCCUGGACCAGUUGCGAGACUUACCUACACGUACAGUGCAGGAUAGUCGCACUUUUAGGGAUGUCACUGUCUCGGCAGCCGCAGGAGUCGUGACGCAUGGCCGGGUUUCAUCGCGCCAGUACAUGGAAAAUUUCGACGAGGUGCUCCAACACAUUGGCAGCACUGCCGGAUGUCCCACCUCGCGAAGGAUUGCUCUCAUUGGCCUGGCCACGGAUUGCACCUUUCGAGAUACCUUUGGGUCGAGUGAAGAAAUGCGACGAGGACUCAUCGGCAUGGUCAAUGCAGCUUCAGAAGUGUUUGAGCGGACUUUCAACAUCUCCCUUGCCAUCAGAAACCUCACCAUCAAUGACGAAGCCUGCCCUGAGCAUGCUUCCGAGACCACGCCCUGGAACGUACAGUGUUCCGCUGGGGACAUAGACUGGCGUCUCCGACAGUUUGCCUCCUGGAGAGAGACCCAAGACGAGACGAAUGCCUACUGGACCUUGAUGACAAACUGUCCAACCAACAAUGUGGUGGGUGUGUCUCUGGUCGGGGGGCUGUGCAACCUCAAUCAAGGUGCCAACGUCGUGGCGCGCACUUUGAAUCAAUGGCAGGUUUUUGCCCACGAAUCUGGGCAUAUGUUUGGAGCGAUCCACGACUGCGAAUCCCCGGCCUGCUCUUCGUCUCGCCAGCAAUGCUGUCCCCUUUCCUCCUCCAUAUGCGACGCAUCUGGUGCCUAUCUGAUGAACCCAUCGUCAUCUUCUCGACAGACCACAUUCUCACCCUGCAGCAUUGGGAACAUAUGUUCCUUGAUCGGCAACCGACAGGUGCGAGCCUCGUGCCUUGCGGAUGAUAGCGACCGCAACCUAACUAUGAUCACAGCAGACGGGUGCGGAAAUGGUAUCGUCGAGGAAGGGGAGGAGUGCGACUGUGGUGGACAUUGUGAGGAGGACGCAUGCUGCGAUGGGGUCACAUGCCGCUUCAGGGAGGGGGCAGGCGCUCAGUGUCAGAGAGAUAAUGGAAGUCAAUGUCAAGGCGACAGCUGUAACAAUCAGCAGUCAGCACACUCUUGGUUCGACCGCUACCGGUCGCUGAUAAUUGGACUGGUUGCUGGAAUCGGCGGAGGGUUGGUUCUUGGGUUGUUGAUUGUCUUGAUCUGGUCCUGCACUACUCCUCGUCAUCGCGCGGGGUCCAGAAAGCGCGUGGCUGCGGCAGCCCAGGGGUAGUCUGCGUCGCACAGUUCAAAGCCAGAAGAAGUCUAAUUAACAAUAUUCAUUCCUGCGUUAGCUUUAGAG